CGCUAACGUUAGCCCAAACUUUUAAAACCCGUUUUCCACUUUUAAACUACGAUAAACACAGGGAUGUGGAAUUUAUAUACCCCUUACGCGUCGGAUUGAGGAUUUUAAUCUGAUUUUCAAUGGGUUUUCGCUGUGGAAUUCGUUAUUUUGCGGCUUCAUUCCCAACAGGCUUUUUCACCGCAAGCGCCGGUGAACCUCCUCAAGAUGGGCGUCCACGCGAUGAUCUGAACGGUCGGAUUGCUUCGACACUGACAUAGAUGCGGACAGCAGCGGGGAAAUGAUGGCGACGGGUCGGAGGAGCGACGAGGAUGAGGCGAAUCACUCCCUCAGGACGCCGCUUUGUGACGACACGCAGGAUCAGUACGAACCCCAGGCCGCCACGUUCCAGCUGGAGGACGAGCCGUUCUCGUGGCCGGGUCCCAGAACGGUUCGACUGCGCCGCACCUCCACGGGAUUCGGCUUCACCCUGCGCCACUUCAUCGUUUAUCCACCGGAGUCUGCCGUACAUUCCAUUUUCAAGGAUGAAGACGGUGACCAUCGAGGGCGCCCGCGGAACAGGCUGGAGCCGAUGGACACCAUCUUCGUGAAGCAGGUGAAGGAGGGAGGACCUGCGCACGGAGCUGGACUCUGCACAGGUGAUCGGAUCGUGAAGGUGAACGGCGAGAGCAUCAUCGGGAAGACCUACUCUCAGGUCAUCAACGUCAUCCAGAACAGUGACACCUUCUUGGAGCUGAGCGUGAUGCCCAAGGAUGAGGACAUACUUCAGCUGGCGUACUCCCAGGAUGCCUACCUUAAAGGUCACGAUGCCUACAGUGGAAACGCUCGCCACAUCCCUCAGCCUCCGCCCGUAUGUUACCCACGAGUAGACUGUAAGCCGCUUGGCAUGGCGGAGGCCACGGAGAUACCAGCCUCGGGGGGGCUGCCGCCCGACCUGGGGUACCGCAUGGAGAUCCCCGUACCUCCUUCACCUCCGCCGCGGAUUUCCAAGACCCAGACGGCCGUGUGCGUCUGCAACGAGAGCGUCCGGACGGUGGUGGUGCCGGCCGACGUCCACGUGGCGCACAUGGGUCCCGACCCCAUGCUGAUGAGGACCAGGUCUUACCUCCAUCCACGCACACCUGACCUGUACCCGCCCGGUUACUAUGAAGACUCCUACGCUGUUCCGCCGUCUCGGUAUCACCCCCCUCCUUCCGGGAUUUCUCCAGCCUCCCAGCAGAAUAUCGACUGGCGGACGUACCAGACGUACAGGGAAUAUAUCGACCACAAGGGCCUCCACGCGUACAGCCGGACUAUCCAGGAGCGGCUGGACAGCCUGCGCGUUGCCGCCGCCGCGUCUCAGAACUCUUACGGCGUGGCGAACUUUGCGCAGAAGCCCGCUUGGGGCAAUAAAAUCCGACGGAGAAGCACGUCUCAUGACCGGUCCUACCAAGGACCCCCGGUGCUUCCGCCUCGUAGUGCCUCCCAGGAUCGGAUGACCAGGGCUGAGAGGGCGUCCCGGGCGCCGGACUGGCCACCUCGCAGCACGUCGUCAGACGGGAUCGCACGGAAGCCUCGAUUCCCUUCCUCGGACUACGUGGAGCACGAGUCGGCUCCCUGCAUGCCCUGGGCCGGGGACUGGCGAGGAGGCUACGGCAGGAUGGAGCCAGGGGUGCGUCCCAGUCGGCAUUCUAUCGCCCAUCGCCCGGUAAUAUACCCACCCGCUGUGGGGUACGGCAACAGCGUCCGGGUUAGAUCCGCGCCCCAUCAGCUGAGCGCCAGGGCGGACAUCCCGCCGCCCGUGCUUUCUUCCGAGCGGCUGCCACGCGCCGGCAAGAAUCGGGCCAGAGACGCCGCCUCUUUUUCCAACAAUCACAUUUCGGUUUCCACGGACAACCAGGCGCCCAGGACUCGAGGCGAGAGUCCGGUAGCGGGCCUGACGGAGGCCUCGCCGGGUCAGAGGUCAUCCUCAUGCUCGGCUUCCAUCCCUCCGAGGCAGCAGCAGACCCACACGGUGAGGUCGCACCCGCACAAUCUGAAGGGGUUGCCGGUGAACGGGUGCGGUCCUGCGGAGGGCGUGGUGCUGAGGGAGAAACCCCCGGCGGGAAAGACCCUGCGCCAUCCGUCCUACAUCCUGGCGGUGAACGAGCAGCAGCAUCAGGACCCGUUCGGCUCCGGCACCCUGGACGAGUCGCUCGACUCCAUCCCCUUCAUCGAUGAACCAGCCAGUCCCAGUGUGGAUCAUGAUGGGACCCACAUCUCGGCCUCAGCAGUGAUCUCCACCGCUCAGGCUUUAUCGUCUGACUCCCCGGGUCCAACAACGCCCAGUCCUCUCAUGCGCAGGCAGCUCUCUCACGACCAGGAAUCCCUCAGAAGUGCUAUUCUAGAUCAAAGUGGAACCAAAACGGAACGCUCGAAAUCGUAUGAUGAGGGUUUAGACAACUUCAGGGAGGAAGGACGACGACGUUCCAGUAAAGGUCUGAAGGUCUUCAGGAGGACUCUGGACGGUCAUAAAUCCUCAGACGACUCCAGUUCCAGACGAGACUCCUCAUCAGACAUUUUCACCGAUUUCUCCAGGGAGGGCUGGUUACAUUUCAGACAGCUGCACAUGGACAAGAGCAAACGGGCGGGCGGAGCCGCGCGGGGAUGGAAGCAGAUGUACGCCGUACUGCGAGGGCCCUCGCUCUACCUGUAUAAGGACCGCAAGGAGGCGUUCGCGCACUCGCAGCUGGACGACGAGCCGCAGCACGUGAGCCUGAAAGCGUGCCUGAUCGACAUCUCGUACAGCGACACCAAGCGCAAGAACGUGCUGCGCCUGACCACGUCCGACUGCGAGUACCUGUUCCAGGCCGAGAACCGAGACGACAUGCUGGCCUGGAUCCGCGCCCUCCAGGAGAACAGCAACCUGGACGAAGAGAGUGAAGGUGUGACCAGCACAGACUUGAUCAACAGGAAGAUCAAGGAGUACAUUUCCAUGAGUGCUCCUCCGAGUAAGACCGAGCCCUCGCCCAAAACCUCACGCCAGUCUCUGAGCAUCAGACACACCCUCCGGGGGGUGACGGGCAGCACCAGAGGUCCGAGCGCGCUCUCCCCCAGGAAUGAGCUGGACAGGAGCAGUAAAGACGACUCGAGUCCACCGCGGGAUAAAGCCCCGUGGAGGAGAGGAAUACCAGGGCUGAAGAAGAAGCCGCCCGAGAAGAAGUCCACGGCGGGCGUGAUGUUCGGAGUGCGACUGGAUAACUGCCCCCCUGCACACGACAACCGAUUUGUGCCGCUGAUAGUGGAUGUGUGCUGUAAGCUGGUUGAAGAGAGGGGUUUGGAGUACACGGGGAUCUACAGAGUACCUGGAAACAACGCUGCCAUCUCCAGCAUGCAGGAGGAGCUGGACACCAAAGGCAUGACCGACGUCGACCUGCAGGACGACAAAUGGCGGGACCUUAAUGUGAUCUCCAGCUUGCUCAAAUCCUUCUUCAGGAAGCUUCCAGACCCCCUGUUCACCAACGAGAAAUAUUCCGACUUUAUCGAAGCCAAUCGGACAGAAGACGCCGUGGAGCGACUAAAAGCACUAAAACGACUGAUCCAUGAGCUACCGGACCAUCAUUACGAGACUCUGAAGUUCCUGUCGGGACACCUGAAGACCGUCUCUGAGAACUGUGAGAAGAACAAGAUGGAGCCGCGUAACCUGGCUAUCGUGUUCGGCCCGACGCUGGUCAGAACCUCGGAGGACAACAUGACCCACAUGGUCACGCACAUGCCCGACCAGUACAAGAUCGUGGAGACGCUGAUUCAGCAGUACGACUGGUUCUUCUCAGACGAUGGACAGGAGGAACCUGUAACCACCGCCGAGCUGGAGAGUACGGUCCAGUCGCAGCCGGUUCCCAACAUCGACCAUCUGCUGACCAACAUCGGGCGCACGGCUCACUCGCCGGGAGACGUCUCAGAUUCAGCCACCAGUGACUCUGCCAAAUCAAAGCAGGGCUCCUGGGGGUCCGGUCAGGACCAGUACAUCAAAGAACUGCUGCCUUCGUCCAUCUUUGCCAACUGCAAGCGGAAAAGGACCAAGGACAAGCGGCAGGCGGGCGGCAACCCGAACGCCGUGUUCUCCAAGAAAGAGCUCCAGGACGAGAGCGAGCCGAACGACGAGCGUCACGAAGCGGAGAGCGACGCCGGCGUCGGCGACUGCCUGGAGAAGUCCGAGGACGCCGAGUCCAUGAAGAUCCGGUUCGAGUCGGAGCUGCUGCCGCUGAAAGCGCCGCGGUGCGACAAAUCCGGCGAGUCCUGCGACGAGAAAUACGACGCCAGGACGGCGAGGCAGAACUCGCUCUCGGACCCGCCGUCCAAUUACGACGAGGGCUGCGUGUCGGACCUGGGGACGCUGAACAGCACCAGCUCGCAGGCCUCGGGCCCCCGGCUCAGGCGCGGCAGGAUCCCGGGCCUGUGGAUGGAGAACGUGGGGGCGGAGGUGUGCUCCAUCACGUCCGAUUACUCCACCACCUCGUCCAUGACGUUCCUGACGGGGAUCGAGUCGAGCGCGCUGAGUCCGGCGCACGACGCCGACGACGAGAGGAGCGAACUCGUCAGCGAGGGGCGGAACAUCGAUUCGGACACCGAGAGCAACCUGUCCGUGUUCGUGCCCGUCAAGAAGGGCGCGCCCGCCGAAGACGAGAGCCUAUUAUCCGUCCCGGAGGGCGGGGCUACGUCCCUCCAGAGCUCGCCGAGCCUCUUAAUAACGCAGCGCAUCGUCGCCGGAGACACUUUAGCCCGGAAACGAGGGAGCCGGCAAAAAACAGACAGCGAGAGUUCGACCGACGGGAACCGGAGCGAUAAGGAGUCGAGCGUUUCCAAAUCGGACGAGGUUACAGGAAAAAACGCCCUGGAAUCUGACCCGGUGUGGCGGAUAAAAAUCACCGACCGGCUCAAGUGUCGCCUGCGCGCGUCCGCCGACGACAUGUUCGGGGUCGGCUCUCAGAGGACGCGAUCGCCGGAAACGCGCAGCAAGCGCAAGACGAACAUCCGGCGGCGCCACACCAUGGGCGGGCAGAGGGACUUCGCCGAGCUGUCGGUCAUCACCGGGAACGAACUGUCCGCCAUGGACCGCCUGAAACCCAAGUGCAGCUCGCAGGACUUCUCCAUCUCGGACUGGAUCGCCCGCGAGCGGCAUCGCACCAGCAACCCCGAGGUCAGCCUGGAGGCCGCCGAGCUCUUCGGCUCGCCGUUCAGUUCGGCGCAGAUGCUGAACGGCGGCGUGGCGGCCCAGAUCAAGAGCUUCGGCCUGGCCGCCGACGCCCAUCCGCACAAACUGUCCGGGGCUCAGGUGGUGCGCUCGCGGUUUUAUCAGUACCUGUGAACGGGUGUGUGUGAGUGCGUGUGUGUGUGAGCGAGUGUUCGGUACGCAGGCGGCGAGUGUGUGUUAUAUACGGAGCGGUACCGGGGUCGGGUCGAGUCCACAGUUUUCAAAACCCAUCAAUAUAGUGUUUAAACUGGCGUCACACUCGUUAUCAGUCGCGUACGUGUUCGUGGGGGGCGCAGUGGCGGCUCAGCGGUUAGCGUGUGCAAGUCUUGUGAUCAGAAGCAUAAGGGUUCGAGUCUCGGAACCCUCAGAAGUCGCUCAGAUGCCACAAAGACACCAGGAUUAAAGCUGCAGUGUGUAACGUUUAGUGACCUCUUGUGGUGGAAAAAUGUAACUGCGAGCGUUUUAUAAUAAUUUUUAUAUAAUCUGCUCGUUCUAAGUGAAACACAGAUGUGUUUAAUAUACAGACCUGCAGUAAAGUCACAUACCGCAGCUUUAAAUUCAGCAUCAGUCCAGAUCUCCAGAUUUGAAUCUAAAUAAAUUGGCUAGGAAGGCGGCAGCGCCCGAGAAGGAACACGCCGUAACGCGUCAGUGUUCGGUGUGGACUCGCUCGAGUCGGGUCCCUCUGAUCGGCAGAAUCGGCUCUACGUUCACAUUUAAUUUAAUCGAAAUGAGAUGAAAUGAAUCGACCCGAGGUCACGCGGUGAAGAGAACAGAACAUUCUCUCACGUCUCGACCUGGAGAACCCAGGAACGCCGUGGGAGGUCGGGCGUGGGAUGAAUUCGAGACGUCGGAGGGUUUUAAGAGAGAUGAAAGAUGAACGUGAUGUUGGAAAGACUUCAGUGUAAGUGUAAACGCGGGAGGAGGAGGGAACCUCAGUUUCUGAUUGGUCCUUCCGCUACCAAAAUGAAGAAUGUAUCUAAUGUGCUCGCUGUUAUCUUUAGUUUUUGUUUUUAUUGUACAGAGCUCUUGUCUAUGAUGUCGAUAUUGUAGAAUUGUGGGAUAGAAUUUGAUCAUUUAAAAAAAAAAAAAAAAAAAAAAACUAAAUCUGAGUAGUGAAGGUUCCUCCGAUGCUGUCGGAUUGUGUAUCGGAUUAAAUAAGGAUGAUCGGUUCCUGCAGAGAGAAACGGUUCGGCGUGACGUGAUGGAUGCACCGACCUGAAGCGCGUAUCGAUCUGUGUCAGUGUAAAACAGAAUCCUAAAAUUUCAAAACCAAUAUUAGUAGUGACUGAAACCCACUUCAAUCAAUAAAUAUGAUAAAUAAGUGUCCACUAUGUCCGCCAGUCGGUGAGGCGUCCGAUUUAGUAUUUAAUUUAGCGGGUCUGAUGAAACCCCUUGAACCAGAGCUGGUAAAUACAAUACGAUCAUGCGCUCACCAGCCGCCGUUACUCGGUAUCCUCGAGCACUCGGCGGACUCGACGGGUCGUGUCACUGUUACAGUGACCUCUGCUGUUCGGUUGCGGUGGUACAGAUACAGAUGGAGCUCAGACCCUGAUUCCAGUGAUUUUUCCAGAAAUGAAAGUGGAUUUUCAUGUAGUAGAAGGUUUAUAAACGGUGCCAAAAAUCACACUCAGGUCUGCCUUACAAGAGCAGCUCUAAUAAAUACAUAAAUCAAAUAAAAAGAAUUAAGAUUUAAGAAUUAGUCCCUUACCUUCAGUGCUCCGGUCACACCGCUGCUCCCUCCGAUCACGGUCGCCUCACAGCAAGAAGGGUUCUGGGUUCGAUCCCCAGGUGGGGCCGUCCGGGUCCUUUCUGUGUUGAGUUUGCAUGUUCUCCCCGUGUCUGCUCCGAUUGCCUCCCACAGUCCAAAAACAUGCAGUGAGGUGAAUUGGAGAUACUAAAGUGUCCAUGACUGUGUUCGAUAUAACCUUGAGAACUGAUGAAUCUUGUGCAAUGAGUAACUAUCGUUCCUGUCAUGUAUGUAACCAAAGUGUAAAACGACGUUAAAAUGCUAAUAAAUAAAACAAACAAACAAACAAACCCUCCGAUCAAGUCGAUGUUCUCAAGCAAGGGACUAAAACUGUGCACUGGAACCCCCAGUGGUCAGUGAUUGUACUGCAGGAGACUCUUAUUCUCCCCGCCUCCCUAAAAUCCCCAGAUUUCUCACUAUUAUUAUUUUCAAGUGUUUUAGUCGACAUAUUUAUUUAAAUGUAAUGAAAUUGGAAUAUUUCCGAAUGAUUUUACGUUCGAUCAGUGUUUCCGGACCCUUGUGUAAUAUCUGCGGUUGUAUUUAAAAGAAAGAAAAGCUGAAUUGUGAGUUACUGACUUGUAAGUUUGCAGAUUUCAUUUAAACUAACUGAAAGCUGCGUGCAAUAAUAAUAAUACGUUUUACCAGAAGGCGUCUCUAAAUUCCCGUGAUCGUGUUGUAUUGAAGACUUGAUGUGAACAAAAAAAAUCUAAAUGAGUUUGAAGUUGCUUUAGUCUGGGUCCCUCCCUGAAUCGGUGCAUCCGUGGUAAACCGUGGUCCGGUGAUGUGGUGAUGAAUUUGGAUAAGCAGGGUGAUCGACGUCAGUGAACUGUGAGACGAUGAGAUUCAUCAUCUGGUCUUAAAACAUUUUAAUAAUUUUACUUUAAACUGGAAUUUUAAAACGUUUGUGUAAAUGUAUUAAGUUUUUCUGUUUCGACUCGUUUUCCUUCUGUUGCUUCGGUUCCUUCUGUAAUUAUUGUACAGUAGAGACGCAGAUAAAAGGGACCUGGAUGAAUUUGGGUGGGGAGGGACGCGGAUAACGGACUGAACAAAUGGACCGGACGGUGUUAAUCAUCUUCAGGAGGAUGAAAUGUCACUAUGUGUGUGUUUUCUAUCAUGUCCUGUUCGCUCCAGAAGUGGACAAACGAAACACUGGAAAAUAAAAAGGCUUCGUGUCUGA